AUGCCGAAAAUUAAAUUGAAGGAACGCCCGAAGUCAACUAUGUUGACGGAGGGCGUCCCUGCAGCAAAGCCUUGGCUUACGAAAAGGGACCCAUAUGCGAAAAUAGCCUACGUCGUUACAUACAGCAUGAUCCUCAUCGGCAUCGCCGCUGGGGCUGUCCGCGUAUACUUUGAUUACCACUCUGUUCGACUGAUGCCCGGUAACCUUUGUCCGGUGCUGGACGAGGAUUUCAGCAAUGGCGACGAAGGCCUGUUUGGUGAAAACGGCAAAUUCUUCAGGGAAGUUGAUAUGAGUGGCUUUGGGAACGGGGAAUUUGCAAUGGCCACAGCUUCCUCAAAGAAUUCGUUUGUUCGUGAUGGGAAGCUCUGGAUUCUUCCUACGCUCACUUCCGAGGAAAUUGGUAACGACGCCGUCUUCGAUAAUCACAUCUACAAUAUCACUGGUUGUACGUUCAAUACCACCCGUGGAUGGUCGUACACCGCCUCCACCCCAUUGGACCCAAAGACUACCUACUCCACUAACUCCAGCGCCAUUGGAGACGACAUUCCCUUCGAUGAAGCUGGAUAUGUAAAAGCCUGCUCUGCGGUCAGCAAUAGUACCACCGGCACCAUCAUCAACCCCAUCCAAAGUGCGCGGCUUAGCACUAGGAACAGCGCCAGCAUCCGAUUUGGCAAAGUCGAAGUCAGAGCCAAAAUUCCUACGGGUGAUUGGAUGUGGCCUGCUAUUUGGAUGCUUCCAGUUGAUAGCGCAUAUGGGCCGUGGCCUUUGAGUGGUGAAAUCGAUAUUAUGGAGGCUCGCGGUAACGGUCCUUCUUAUCCCGCGCAAGGAACCAACUUCGUCCGCUCGUCACUCAACUGGGGCCCCUUCAGCUGGCUCAACGGUGUUUGGAAGACCUACGGAUGGGCAAGGAACCGGUAUAGAUCUUACGACAUGGACUACCACACCUACACCUUGGAGUGGACAGAAGACUUCAUUCGCAUGUCCGUUGAUUCGCGCCUCCGCCAUAUGCUCGAAAUCGCGAUAAAUACUCCCUUCUUCGAUCGAGGCGACUUCCCGCCUGUGGUGCAAAACGGCUCGUCUACUAUCGUGCUACAGAACCCGUGGAUCAAUGGUACCAAGGCUGCACCUUUCGAUCAGCGAUUUUACCUUAUCCUAAAUGUCGCUGUCGGUGGCACCAAUGGGUGGUUCCCAGAUAACAACGGACAUAAACCUUGGUUGGAUGGUUCUCAGACCGCUAUGCGCGAUUUCGCUCAGAAUCAGAACCAGUGGCUGCCCAGUUGGCCCACCAACGAGGAGGAACGCGCCUUCGUUAUUGACUCCGUGAAGAUGUGGCAACAGUGCUAG